AUGGAUCAUAUUAGGGCGCGUUUCUUGGCAUUGUGCAUUACCCACCAAUAUGUGACUCUUCCAGCUGAUGAAACAGUGCAAUUACACAAGGAACUGGAUAACUAUCUAAAAUUAGGAGAUCCAAAGUUGUCUGAGGUCGACUUUAUGUCGCUUUGUGAGAUGUUAUUCUACUUAAAGGUUUUGGUUAAUGAUGAUAUCGAAGCAGAAGUUGUAUAUCGACGCAUAUCAGACCGUCUUGGUGAGAAUUCACCUAAGAUGCACGUCAUGAAGGCGACGUUAUUACAGAUUACAGAGGGAGAUUUGAAAGCGGUUACAUAUUUGAAGCGCCUGCGGGACGAGGUGCUGGAGUUCGACACUGACUCUGCGGACUACCUUUUUAUAGAGAAAAAGAUCCUCGCAAUAGAGCGUGCUACAUUAUCUCAAGAAGUUUAUAUUGGAAAGAUGUUGUCUCUGUUAGAAAAGUUCCCUCUGGAUGGCGAACUAUGGUGGGCUCUUGCGAGCGAGUACAGCUCUAUAGGCCAAUUCGAUAAGGCAGCUUACUGUUUAGAAGAGGUAAUAGUGAUAGCACCCUUCGCAUACAAUGUAUUUGCUAAGCUGGGUGAAGUUCUGUACUAUAGCGCCACUUGCGGCAAAAAGUUGAAUAAAGUCGUUCUACAAGAGGCCCUAGAUAAUUGCCUACGUGCUGUAGAACUUUCAGAGACAUGUCUAAAGGCCUGGUCAUUUAUUGCUGUAAUUAGCGACAAACUUAAGAAGCGUGAACUUUCCGAUCUAAGCUGUCGUAAAUUGAAGGAGAUAGAGUUGACAGGUAAUCCCCAGGAUAUUGAAACGGCGAGGUUUAUUCUAGAUUCUCUCCGUGGUACUGUUGGGAAGAAGAGUGUUGUUUAG